AUGGGACAUGAGGAGCAUGGAGGGACUUGGCACAUGGAAGCAGCUCAACUGGACACGCAAAGGAAGAAGGGAGAAGCCAUCUUGAAGACCAGCUCGACCGUCUACUCGACCAACCGGUCGAGUUCCUCAACUCGACCGGCCAAGCUUCAACUCGAUCGAGCUGGAAGUCAAAAGAAUCAUGCUUCUUCUGUUGCUGCUGCUACAAAGCAAGGAAAACUACCUGGUAAAGCUAUUCAGAACCCCAAGGAACAAUGCAAGGUCAUCUUAACUCAAGGAGGUCUUGAUGAAGAAGAGGAUCAAGAGAGAGUCAUGGAAGAGUUUUGCUUACUGCUGAAUGAUGAUGAGAUUGUUGCUGCUGAGGCUUGA